UUGAACUUUGCAAAGGAAUGUGCAAACUGUAUCAGGUGUGGCUCUGCUGCUGGCGUGGGAAUACCAUAUGAAACUUCUCCUCUCAACGUCGGACGCGAUUACAGUACAUGAGUAUUCCAUACGAACAGUUUCACACAGCAGUGCGACAGGAUGGAGUCUGUGGUGAACCUGCACAACCAGUUUCAGAGUCUCAGGGCUCAGGUGGACGGUCUGAAUGAGGGGAUUGAACCACAAUUCCUCCAGCUGGCAGUGAACUUUGAGGAUUGCCGUAAAAAAUGGCUGCUGGCGGGCGACGAGCUGGUAUCUUGUAAAGAGAUGCUGACAAAGGCAGAGACGGAGAGAGGAGCCCUGGAGGUCAAGCUAAAGCAUGCCAGGAACCAGGUGGACGUGGAGAUCCGCCGCCGGCAGAAGGCAGAGGCGGUCUACGAGAAGCUGGAGCGGCAGCUACAGCUGAUCCGGGACCUGCUGAUUACAGAGAACAAUGGCAACAGUGUCCACUUAAGUGAAGAGCAGCGGUCAGCCCUGGCCUUCCUCAGUGCCCACUCUCAGGCAGCACAAGCUGCUAAAUCCAACCUAAACUCCAGCCGAAGAUUGACAAGAAUUGAUGAAUCCUCAUUGCUGUCAGACAUCAGCUAUGAUCAAACAGAUGACUCUUUGGACUGGGAUUCCUCUGCGGUCAAGAAUAUGAGACUGCGCAAACGGCAAAAACGACGGUCUUCAAGAAAACACUCAGAAGGUCCUCCGCAAGCCGUGAAGAAGCCCCGCUCCAUGGGGCGGCCUUCAGACAGGAUAAAUGAGUCUAUUGUGGCAAAAACAACCAUCACGGUGCCUGCAAAUGGUGGUGUGGUCGAAGCCGUCUCCACCAUUGAAACUGUGCCUUACUGGACCCGCAGCAGAAAGAGGAGUGUGGCUCCUGUGUUGGGUGAGACAACCACUACUGACCAAUCUGAGACAGCCAGUGAGGCUCCCAGCACACCAGUCUCAGAGUUUCCAGCCCAACCCCAAACUCCCCAGGCCAGAGAAUGUCGUGAGCACUGCCCCCUGCCUUGUAAUCCCACAGCUCUUGGUACUCCCAUCAAGAGCUCAGAGGCCACCCUGGCUGACUUUGCUCCAGCCACCUCCCCAAAGAUUCCGGCUUUGGUUAUUUACUGCAUUAAAGAGAUUGAACGCAGAGGCCUUCAUGAGGUUGGUCUGUACAGAGUCUCUGGCCAGGAACGCCUGGUGAAAGAGCUCAAAGAGAAGCUGAUUAGAGGAAAGACUCUGCCUCCCCUUAACAAAGUGGAGGACAUCAAUGUCAUUACAGGUGUCCUCAAAGACUUUCUGAGAAACCUUUUUGAGCCACUGCUCACCUUUCAUCUGAACAAGGCCUUUUUGGAUGCAGCAGAAAUCCAGGAUGAUGACAACUGUCUUGCCACUUUGUAUCAGAGCAUCAGUGAGCUGCCUCAGCCCAAUCGAGACACUCUGGCCUGCCUCAUGAUCCACCUGCAGAAAGUUUCUCAGAGUGUAGAUACCAAGAUGGAUGUACACAACCUGGCCAGAGUUUUUGGGCCAACCCUGGUGGGUCAUGCCGUUCCUGACCCUGACCCUAUGACCAUCCUGCAUGACACAAGCAAACAACCAAGGGUUGUAGAGCGCUUGCUCAGUAUUCCAGAGAGCUACUGGAGCCGCUUUGCUUAUCCAGAUAAUGUAAGCUUGGAUGCUGCUCACCACACUGAUACUCUAAACUACAAAGUGAGGAUCUUAGGACCAGUGACAACUCCAGAGCAUCAGGUCAUGGCCAAAACGCCCUCCUCCAGCUCACUGUCUCAGCGAAUGAAGCAGACCCUUUCCAACACUACCCUAUUUGGAAGCAAGAGCAAAGCAGCCUCUGCCUCCAACCGCCAGGGUAACUUCUUCGCGUCUCCACAUCUCAAGUAAUGGUAAAGAAAAGAAAAUGGCACAUAUUUCUGCACAUUACCUAUGCAAUAGAUGGAUCUAAUCAUGUGGGAAAAUCUGUGUGCAAUUACAGAAUGCAUAAUUUUUGUACGAAGAGAUUUUUAAUGACUUUUAUUUGAUUACUAAUAUUUCGCUACUGACCAAUUCUGUAUUGACAUCUGUGUGGUUAUAAAAUGUUUCAUGGUUUAUUAGACCAAGAAACCUCUUUAAAGUAAUAGAAAAUAUUCUAGGAGCUGAAUAUUUCAGAUUUUUCUCUUUGAAAUUGUGGUUAUUACCACAGUGAUUUACUAACAAACAUAUAUCAUACAGGUAAAAUAGACAAAGGAGAGAAGGAGGCCAGUGCUUUUUCAUAUUGUUAGCCAUGUCAUUUAAUUAUUUAACAUUUUCUUUUAUUUUGAUGUGCACCUAUCAUGAUUACUGUUAACCUCUGACAACUGUAACCAUACUAAUACUGAUUAGCAAUGAUACAGUGUUUUGCACUCCACAUAAACUUUCCACUUUACCACUAGAGGGCGCUGCUGCACCUAUUUUGAAAUGGAAGCCUUAACAGUCGAAAGGUUUUCCUGUAUGUAAGGCACAUUACACAGUCAGAAUUACAGCCUCUCCUUUAUUUUAAGUCUUUCUGCUAAGAAAGUAUGGUUUAGUCAAGAAACCAAACCCAUCAUGUGAACACAAAGCAAAAACCAUACGCUGCCUUUAUUCAUGUCAAAACAGAACCUGUUAAAAAUCAAGUAUUUGUAACGACACAAACAGCAAGACACUAUCUACCGGUAAAAGAAGUCAUCCAGAGGGGAUAGUUAACAAAAACAACAACAUAAGUUUCCAUUCUAAAUAUCCCCUUUGCUUGAUCUUGGUGUUCUUCUGUUACUGAUGGUAGAAGUAGUAGUUACUUAGGAUGCAAAAGGUAAAAUGGGGUGCCUGGUUUUAAAACAAGAAAACUCAAACUAGCUUUGUUUGAAGCUGCAAGAGCCCUGUUACAACACUGUCUUAUGAUACUACAUAUAUUUUUAUACAUUUUAUUUUUCACUGACUAAAUGUUUUGUGUAACUGAAUGUUCAGCUUUUACCAAAGAUCUUGUGGUUUGAAUGUUGACAUUAAUUUGUUUUGUCUUGGCUCGCAUAAGAUAAAUGUUCAUUGUUGAGCUGAAAAAUAAAUGGACAAAAAGACC